AUGACUCCUCCCACUGAUAGAAAAAAGAUUCUCGCCAACCUUCGCUCUCAGAUUAACGAUGGAAAGAUCAUCGUGGGCGCUGGUGCCGGCAUCGGCCUUUCAGCAAAAUUCAUCGAGCAAGGCGGCGGCGACCUAAUCAUCAUAUACAACAGCGGACGUUACCGCAUGGCAGGACGAGGCUCGCUAGCCGGGUUGAUGCCGUACGGGAAUGCCAACGACGUUGUUCUUGAGAUGGCAGGCGAAGUACUCCCAAUUGUCAAAUGCACUCCAGUCCUUGCGGGCGUAUGCGCAACCGACCCCUUCCGCAGUAUGCCCAACUUCCUCAAACAGCUCAAAGAACUUGGGUUCGCUGGCAUACAGAACUUCCCUACCGUUGGACUAAUUGAUGGCACAUUCCGGCAGAACCUUGAAGAGACUGGCAUGUCGUACGACGCUGAAGUGGAAGUGAUCCGGCAAGCACGGGAAAUGGAUAUGUUGACUACGCCCUACGUUUUCAAUGUGGAGGAGGCGCGAAAAAUGGCAGAAGCAGGCGCAGACAUUCUUGUUGCACAUAUGGGUCUUACGACCUCCGGUAGCAUUGGUGCAUCAACAGGAAAAACGCUCGAUGAAAGCGUCACCCUCAUUCAGCAGAUAAGAGACGCAGCGACCAAGAUUAAUGCCGACAUCAUUGUUCUUUGCCAUGGCGGACCGAUUGCGAAGCCAGACGACGCGGGGUAUGUGAUUAGCAGGACGAAUGGUGUGCAUGGGUUCUAUGGUGCGAGUUCAAUGGAGAGAUUACCGGUUGAAGAAGCCAUCACAAAUAUAACGAAGACGUUCAAGGGACUGAAGCCAGGAUCAAAGUCAUAG